AUGAAUAAGGAUGUGUGUAGCAACUUCAUUUAUCUAAUGACGAAUUUUCCCGAUCAAUUGGACAGUGAUGGAAAGUAUAAAAUUGAAGAUGAUCAACAUUUCAAACAGUAUUGUAGUAAUCAAAAUUGUGUCAAUGAGCUCGAAAAAAUUAAUGCUGGGUGUUUAUAUUUGUUUGAUGAAUUCUUUAAGAAUUCUUCUGUGUUUAAGUCUGUUGCAAAAAGUAACAUCGAUAUUGUUGAAUACAUUAUAAUAUGGUUAAAUUAUAUGUUAAACCUAAAGAAAAAUAAUGACGGAAGCGACAGUUUAACUUAUUUUUAUACUACAAAUAUAAACAAUGAUAAGUAUACUAAUAUUAUAGGUGGUGUUGAUGCUUAUAGUAGUUAUAAGGAUCUUAUAGAUAAAACAAAUAUGAUGAAUAUGGAUAUUAAAGAUAUAUCUAAAUUUUAUGCUCCAUUUAAAUUAUUAUGUGAAAUUUAUAAUGAAUUUGAUGAUGACAAUAAAAAUUGCACAUGUUUGGAAAAAGCUAAUCAAUUUGUUAAAAAAUAUCAAGAACUUGAUGGAGACUCUAAUAAUACUGAAGGCACUUCCUACAAUAAAAUAUUGUCUACAUUAUCAACUGAUUAUAAUAAUUUAAAAAAUAAAUGUAAUGAUACCUUAUCCUUUCCAUCGAUAGAAACAGCACAAAAUACUACAAAAAUUACUGAACAAACUGUACAAAAUUCUGCACAAACAUCUGAAGUUGCAUCAUUAAGUUCGUCGAUAGGAAACAAAUUAAUUCCAAUUUUAUCGAUAUUUGGUGCAAUAGCAUUUUUUUUAGGAAUUGGAUAUAAGUAUUCGUUAUUUGGAUUUCGGAAACGAUCUCAAAAACGACAUUUAAGAGAAAAGCUAAAACAAUAA